ACCCUAUACAUGUCUAAAUGUCUCAAAUAACGAAGUUUAGGCAUUCAUUGAACUGUACUAUUACGCGCUCGUAAAGACUCAUUAUUAUUUGAGACUUGGACCUAGUGUUCUAAAAAGAUAAUAGGUGAAGAACACCAAGUACUGGAAAGCUAUAUAGGUACAUCGAAAGCAUAUAUAUCAUUUCUUUUCAUUCUAUUUAUUCGGUUAACUUCCUGCUUUUUUUGGGAUUUUGGAUUGAUACUUGCUCCUGGUGAAUAACAGUUAAAAGAUGUCAAAAUUCUUGCUCGAUCGGUGUUUACGGGAAUUAUCUCCAUUGACAGUUCUUAAGGAUGAUAUUCAACAAACUGGAAAACCUCUCCUUUAUUAUAUGAUUAAAUCAGCAGCUUCUAGAAAUAUCAAAGUGUUAUUUAUAUCUUAUGAAACUUUAGAAGCUAAUUGUCCUUCUGAAGUCGACCAAUUCAUCUAUGCUACAAGCUGGAACAAAAUGAAAAGUCUAAAAGAGUUGUAUGACCAGAUUGUGCAAUGGUGGAAACGAGAUCAUCAGCAUUUAAUUGUCAUUGACGCCAUUAAUCCGAUUUUAAACAAUUCUGUAUCUAGUUUCUCCAUGUUUUUUGGAUCUAUCUUGGCUUUGGGAUCUACAGCUUUCCUUACGGCCUAUCACAAAGAUGUGUUGUUGGAAAAUUAUCCAUCUUACCUCCCAACUUGUGAAACGUUUUUGGAUUAUACAAGUACGUGCACUAUUUCUUUUACUGGAAUGCAACAUCUCAUGGUGGAACACGAUGCAAUAAUGCGAAGUCGGCCAAACCCCUUGAUGGAAGAAUUAAAUGAUUGCACCAUUGUCAAUCUGCUAGGAUCAAAUUGCCCAAAUGGUAUUGUUUGUUAUGUGGAUUUCCGAAAGAAAAGCGGACGUCUUAUUAAAGAAACUUGUACGUUAAAGAAUGGAGCACUGGAAGCCUUUACGACAUUUGUUCGCUCUCAGAAGCAGCCAGAACCGGAGGCUCCUACGGAUCUCGACGUUCCUUUCAAUCUUACUCUAUCAGAAAAAGAACGAAAAGAAAGAGAAGGCGUGUUUCUGCCUCACUUUGGCGCACAAGACAUUGCAAAACCAGCUGAAUUUGGUUUCGUGGAUGGGGGUGCUAUAAUUUACCAUGCGGAUAAGGCCGACGAUUUUGAUGAGGAAGAGGAUGCUGAUGAAGAUUUGCUAAUUUAAUUUAGCUUAGUCCAGUAUGCUUUCAGGAAGUCCUAAAGUAGCAUCCAGGAUGUCAAUGGUUUAUCGAUUUUAAAUUUUAUGUACACUAGAAUGAAAAACUUACAAAUACGGUUUUCGUUACACGUCUAAAUUAUCUUAUGCUAUUGAACCGCUUAUACUACUUCAUGUUGAAUGUAAAAUCUAACCAUAGUUCAAUAGUGGGGAGGGAAUAAACAGAAGAGCUAAAAAUUAUACAUAUAAUCUACUGAAUGUAUAUAUAUAUUUAUAUAUAUAAUCCUGGAUAAACCAAAUUUUAUACAAGCUGUAGAACGUUGUACGCUAUGCUAACUUUAAGCAAGGUUGAAGGAAGCAUCAGGGAAAACCUCGAACUUUUCGUUAAGGCUACCACGCUUGUUCAAGAACUUGGCAUAGCAUCCAUCAGGAAUGACCUCACCGCGGCUACGCUUCUCAAUGAAUUCAUCACGGUUGUAUUGAGAGAAACCCCACUUCUUGGAGACAAUGAUUCUCUGUUGGCCAGGGAACUUGUAUUGGCAACGACGGAGGGCUUCAAUAGCAGUGGCACGGUUGGAGUCCUUGGUACGGAUGGACAUCAAGACUUGACCGAUCUUGACACGGGCAACCAAACCGUUGGGCUUACCGAAAGCGUGACGCAUACCUUGUUGCAAUCUAUCGGCACCGGCACAAGAAAGCAUCUUGUUGAUACGGACAACGUGGUAAGGGUGGGCACGAACACGGAGGUGGAAAGCAUCCUUACCAGCAAUCUUCACCAAGUACUUGUUGGAGCUAAUACGAGCAGCUUCAAGAGCUUCGGAAGUAAUUUGUUCCAACUCGUUUGAAACCAAGUGAACGCACAAGGGGAAUUCGUCAACAGUGGCACGCUUACGGCCCAAGUCAAAGAUUCUGAUCUUGGGGUCAGGAACGGCACGGUUGUAACGAGACUUGGGGUAAGGCUUGUUCUUAAUGUAACGGUAGCAACGAGCGGGUCUACGUGCCAUUUUGUUGAGUUUAGUUUCAAAAGAGGUUGGUGGACGAACAAUGCUUUUAAGUAAGAAAUGCUUGUUCGUAAACCACCAAAAAACAGUCACGGCUUAGUGAUCAACGGCGGCAACAUUAUUAACGUAUUCAAACGAGAAACGUCUCAAUGUGUUGUAUUACACAAUUCAUUUACUGCGUUGUAACGUAGUAAAUGUUUAUGUCUGUUGUAGAGUGUUUUUGCUGCUGUUGAAGAAAAAGUAGAAGAACAAUUAUCCCAAUAAGUCAGUUUCAAAAAUAAU